UAAAAUAUAAAAUGAAAACUAAUCCUGUAUCCAAGAUGAAUAUUAGAAGAUGGCUAGGAUUCUCCCUUGCAACUUCUUUACUAAAUUCAUGCCUGGGGGAUCGAGGAUUUCUGUCAGAUCUCCUGAAUAUGGGAAUGUAUAUGGGAGAAAUGAAGAAUGCCCUCCCUCAUGGGAAUGGAACAAUAGUUUAUCUCACCAAUGAUAAAUUUGGUAGAAUUAACUAUACUGGAGAAUGGAGGUUCGGUAUGAUAACUGGCUACGGGAUAAUGCACUGGAAAAACGGAGCCAAGUAAUGAAUGUUAUUUUGUAUUAAC